AUGGCAGUGAGCAACAUUGAACUGAAAGAGAUCAUCCAGGAGACUGAAACAGUCCUCGGGGCCAUUGCUGUCGAUUCUAUUCAGCGAAGGGCCAAAACAGCAAAAAAUCCCUUCUGUCGCCCAGCCAGCCGGCCCGCCGCCGGGCACCGUUGUGGGAGACGAUGGCGAAGCCCCGCCACGGUUCGCAGGCCACCGCGAUCUCCCAACCCCGCUCAUACUCCCCUGAAGUUGCCGUGCGCUGUUCAUCUGGAACACGGGAUAAUCAUUCAUUCACUCCUAAAAAAGGUUCACCAUCAAGGAAAGGUCACUCAACAUCACCCCCGAGCUAAAAAAGCUUCACCUCCUAGAAAGUUCAAUAACGCGAAAGCAUCUCCUGCUCCUGAGUCGACUGUUCUUUUCGUUGAACCUCUAUCACGGAAUGUCGACGAGACUCGUCUGUACCAAAUAUUUGCAUAUUUUGGCGAGGUGGCAAAUGUGCAGAUACCAAUGAACGAAACUGCUAAUCUUCCACAUGACUAUGGAUACAUUCAUUUCAAGAAGAGGGCUGAUGCUGAGAGGGCUCUUCGCUACAUGGAUGGUGGUCAAAUUGAUGGAAAUGAUGUUAAGUUGAGUUUCGUAGUAGCACCACAAAAACAAGAUUCUUCAUCUAUGAACGCACACCCCAAUGGUCCAAAAGCAGACGCUCCCCAGAAUGAUAAAGUACUCUUGCUGAAAAGGAUGCUCAGCAACAUCCUAGGGAACCAUCUUCGCCAAGAAAAGAACCUUCUCCUUUGCGAAAGCGGUCUCCUCCAUAUCAAAGGGUUGAGGCACCCAACAGUCAAUCUCCGAGGUGUCGUGCUAAUUCUCCUUCUUUUUGUCAUCACGCAGACCCGUACUUUGUCAGGUUUGGUGACAUGAGUCUAGCGUCUCCUUCAGCACCUAGAAAGCAUAUGUCAGCGAUGAGUGGCCAAGGGCCUCCAUCAAGGUGUGGAAGGUCAGAAUCACCAUGUUCUGAAUCACUCAGUCCACCACCCCCAAGAAGGUCGAGAAGCCCUUCGAGAAUGUCACCACUCCCUAGGAGGUCGAGAAGCCGUCACAGAAGGUUGAGAAGCCCUCAGAGUAGGUCACCACCCCCAAAGAAGUCGAGAAUCUUGCUAUCCAAAAGGAGGUUGAGAAGCCCACAGGGAAGGUCACCACCCCCAAAGAAGUCGAGAAGCUCCCAGAGAAGGUGCACAAGAAAGUCUAGAAGCCCUCGGAGAAGGUCACCACCCCAAAAGAAGUCAAGAAAGUCACCAUCCAAAAGGAAGUUGAGAAGCCCUUCGAGAAGGGUGUAUGAACCUUCACCUGGGAGUGGAAUGUCAGGUUCACCUCAUUCUGGAUCGCCCAAUCCUCCAAGAAAGCGGUUACAUGUGAAAAAUGUUCCUUGUAUAGC